AUGGCUUUAAUAUUUCAUUCUAAUCUUUCAAAAGACCUUUCCAAAAUAUUAAAUGAUUCUAAUGAUUUUAAUGUUAUUAUUCAAGUUGGUGAAAAUCAAAAUAUAAAAGAAUUUCGUGCACAUUCAGUUAUUUUGGGCGCUCGUUCUACCUAUUUUAAAAGUGCACUUUCAACUAAUUGGAUUACAAAAAAGAAUAAUAUGAUCAUUUUUAAUAAACCAAAUAUAACUCCGACAGUUCUUGAGAUGAUUCUAAAAUAUAUAUACACAGGUGAACUUGAUCUGACAGAACAAAAAAGUGAAGACAUUCUUGAACUUUUAGUCGCAUCUGAUGAAAUGCUUUUUGAAGAAUUAUUUGAACACCUUCAAGAUUAUUUAAUUAAUAAACGAGAAGCUUGGAUUAAAAAUAAUUAUGUUUUAGUUCUUAAUAGUAUAUAUAAUCUUGUAAGUUGUAAGGAAUUACAAUGGGUUUGUUUUGAUAUCAUUUGUGCAAAUGUUGGAAAUUUUAUUAUUUCAAAAAACUUUCUCUCAUUAAAUAAAGAUUCACUUUAUCGUCUAUUCGAGCUUGAAAACUUUCAUAUUCAAGAAAUAGUUGCUUGGGAUUCUUUGAUCGAAUGGGGUAUCAAACAGAUGUCUAAAAAUAAUCAUGAAUAUAAUAACAAAAAUUAUGAAAGUUUAAAGAAUAUGUUAGAAGAUUUUAUUCCCUUUAUUAAGUUUACAAAAAUUACUUCUGAGGAUUUUUAUCAUAAAGUUCGACCUUACAAAUAUGUUAUUCCAAAUGAUAUUUAUGAAGAAGUUAUAGCAUAUUACUUCAUCGAACAACCUAAAUUGUAUAGUAAUAUUACUGUGCCUCGAAUCAAAUCAAAGAUUAUCAAACCAAAACUUGCAAAUAUAAUAGUUAAUUGGAUUGAUGAGAAGGAUGCUGAAACUUUACGCACUAAAAAGGAUUUACUAUAUAAGUUUAAUCUUAUUUAUCGUGGUAGUCGUGAUGGGAUAGAUAAUGAAUCGUUUAAAAAUGAAUGGAAUGAUAACAAGAAAACUUUAGUUUUAAUUAAAGUUAAACAAUCUAAAAAAAUUUUUGGCGGAUAUAGUUCUAAUAGAUGCACUUCAACUGAAAACUCUCCAAUGUUUUAUGGUAACUAUUAUGGUAAUUUCAUUUUUUCAUUUGAGAAUAAUGAGGAUACUCGAUAUAUGAAAAUUAGUCGUAACCUAAAUUCUUCCAAGACUAUAUACGAUGGUGAUAUUACCGGUUUUAAUUUUUGUUGGGAUGCAUUGUUUGGACAAGAACAAGAUUUAUGCACUAAUAAUUUUUAUUUAGGCAAUGUAAUUGAAGAAAUUGAAAUAUUUACAAUAAUUAGUGCAUCUCUUGAACGGUUAAUAUUCUAGGAUUGAACCCGGUUUUUUAUUAUAUGACUUAUCCUAAGGAUUGGCAUAAGUGCGUACUGCGUAUUUUUUGUUAAAGAUUUCGUUAGCUAUAAUGGAUAAAUUUUUAUGAACCUUAUAUAUGUAUAAAAUAGAUAUUGUGAAUUAUUCUUUUUAAUUGGAUAACAAUUUGUUAUAAUUUUUUUUUCAUUUUUAUUCUUUCAUUCUUUUUUUCAUUUAUUUUUAUUGAUUUAACG